AUGGCAGGCCCAGAAACAGCCAGCCGGCCUUGUCUGCGCUGCAAAAACCCAGAUGCGCCGUAUGAGCUGCGAAAUGUUGCAACUUGCCAACUCACCGUCCUCCAGCGCGAGACCAGGACGUCCACAAAGCCCGAGCCGCGGCGAUACGUCGCCGGCCUCUCCUUUGGACCCUGCUCAACCGUCCUCACCCAGAUCCUGGACAAACAAGCCACAUACCACGCCUCAAGAAAGGGCUCCUCACCAUUCGAGCCCCUUGUCAUCCACAUCGACACAGAUCUCUCCCACCCCGCCGACGCCCACGAUACCCCCGCCCAGAGACUGCUCGCAAGGUACCGCGAGAGAUUCCCCCACGUCUCCUUUGAGUGCGUCCAUCUGAGCAAGGUCCUUGGCCUCAAGACGAUUGACUGGACGACGCUGCCGGUUGCCGCCGCCGCCGGAGGCAACGACACGGAACGACUGCAGCGCUUCUUCUCUUCGUUGCCGUCCGUCACGUCGCGCGCAGACUGUCUCCGGCUGUUCAUCCGCCAUCUUUUACUCAACGUGGCCAUGGAGAGGUCCUAUUCGGCUCUGCUGUUCGGCCACAGCACCACUGCGCUGGCCAGCCUGACGCUGUCCGAGGUUGCCAACGGAAGGGGCUUUGCGGUGCCCUGGCAGAUCAACGACGGGCCCUUUACCGUCUGCACAUACCCAGCCAGCGCCGCUGAGGCAGGCCAAGGCCAAGACGACAAUACCAAGGUCCAGUUCCCCAUAUAUUAUCCCCUGCGGGAGAUUCUCAAGACCGAGGUCAUGACGUAUCUCAGCACCACGCCGUCGGUCCAGGACCUGAUCCCUUCCGACAACGCGCCGUCCAGCGUCGUCUCCCACAAGGACCAGAGCAUCGAAGAGGUCAUGGCGCGCUACUUUGAGGGCGUCGAGGGCCCUUACGCGGGCAUCGUGACCAAUGUCGUGCGCACCGCGGGCAAGCUGGACCGGCUGGUCAGCUCUCGCUACUGUCGCCUGUGCGGCAUCACCCUGGACGAGGAGGGCGACUCGACCUGGGCUGGCGAGUUGGGUGACGAAGACCCCGCGGAGGGCUCUGCGAAUCCUGACACGGGGAAGCUGUGUUACGGAUGCAAGCGCUCCCUGGGCGGAUAG